ACCUGGAAGACGAGUCAGCCCUCUCCGGACCCUGCGCUCAGCCACGGCCGAAGGAUGAGAGGGGUCUACUUUCACCUUAGGUGCCAGGGACGGCUGUGCACUCCAGAGAGGCGUCCCCCUCCAGCAUGUCCGAUGCUAUGCUUUUCCUGAUGCUUUGCAAGAUUCGUCUGAGACGAAAACUGCAGACUUUUCCGGGGAAAAUGGUAAAUACUGUCUACAGUGAUGAGGAAAGGGGAAUCCAAGACACGGAAGGCAAGGAGGAGUCCAUCUUGGCCAUGCUGGGCAUCAUUGGGACCAUCCUCAACCUGGUAGUCAUCAUCUUUGUCUACAUCUACACCACCUUGUAGGUCUCAAACUCUUGUUGCGCUUCAUUGACCGGAGCUCGUCUGAGCUGCUGCAGCUGCAGCAUGUCCACCUGUACUGGGAUGAGGAUGGGAGGAGGAAGGACGAUGCCCUUGUUCCCAUGUGAUGGACUGGAUCUAAGUCUGUGUGAUCACCAUAUGGAGUCAACCCUGCAUCACUUUCAGCAACUCAGACUUUGGGACGCUGGUCUGUUCCUCUUCCUUUUACAGAUUGGAUUAUCGAGAAUAUCUGGACACGUUUGACUUGUACAUAAAUGCAUGAAGCCACUGAGAGACGUUAAAGACCUUGACGGAGACAUGAAAGACGGCAGAAACAGAGAGAGUGGACACUUUUAGAAAAUAUUUUCAGACAUUCUCACCGACUCAAUCCAUUGCUGAUUGGGAUUAAAGGUGAAGAUGUGCAGAGAAAGUAAAAAACACAAGUAUAUUAUUUGUUGUUUAUUAUUUCUCCUCAAAGAUCCUCUCGGUAGAACACACCGUACAUUCAGUUUAAAUUUAAAUAAACAUAUUAUUAUGUAAUCGAUUUUCAUCUUGAUUUUUUGUUUGUUUGUACAUUUUUGUGAAGAACAACGUUGGAGGGUGCAGCACCUGAACAUUUGCUCACAUUCACACGACACUUAGAUGUUUCAUUUACUGAAACGAGUGGAGGCAUUGUGUCAGUGUUAAGUGAUAAAAUGUGUCUGUUAAUGGACACACUUGACUUUGUGCUUGACAUUAAAUAGAGGAAA